AGAAUGAAUCACUGUGCUUUCCGGUGGCAAUUUGUUUACAAAACCGUCUCUGAUCUUCCUGGGUGAUCUGCACUCCCUUGUGUGUUGAUUGUCUCCUGUCUCGAGAAGUUGGGGACGACCGUCGUUUGGGGAGGGAGGCUAUUAUGGUAGCCCAUGCCCUGUAUGCAUAGCCUGCUACUGCCUACAAUUUUUUUUUUCCACCUGUGCCUCUGUUUUGCUUCCCUGGGGAUGAGAAGUUGCCAUACUGGAAGUCUUGUCGCAGGGAUGUGAUGACAAUUCAAGCACGUUACAGAAGGGAUUUUUACUUUUACAUGUUUCCUUCUUGUUCUUUUCCACCUUUGGAUAAGAUUGUCUUCAUAAAGUUGGGAUCCUAAUGGAUGCAUACCAUCACAUCUGCUUUUUUCAACUUCAUGUUUUUAUGUUUUAACUUGAUUUAGGCGAUAUUAUUGAUGGUGCAAUAUUCAGCCCUACUCAUCACCCCUGGUUUACUAAACAAUUCCUUUGUUUUUGGUCUAAGGAAGCAUAUCUGAAGGAGUUAUCUGAUCAUAUCCAAUCUGCUUAAAAGUUGUCUGUCCCAGCCUGGAGGGGAAGGCUGUUAAUACUUGCUUGGUAACGUGGAUAAUUCAUGACUUGAGGACUCCGAGAGCAGAAAUAUGUCAACAUUGCUUUCGAUUUCUUUGGGGUUUUGCCCUUUGUGCUCCACUUUUCACUGGAAAGUGUUUGCCUCUCCCUCUGGCCUCCUUCUUCACUUCCCGCUUUGCUUUUUCCCUAUGGUUUGUUUUAAAACAGGUUUCCAGAUUGGCUGCAUUCCUUCUGUGGAGGAUUAUUCAAACCGAAGUAGGGCAUCUGCCUCUUGAGCAGCUUUCCUAGUAUGGUGUGGAUUUUCUUUUGUCCUGGCUCUGGCUCUUUAGAGGGUGGGACUCUAGUCUCCAAAGAGUGUGGCAGACAUUCACUGGUUUGUGAAUGCUCAGCAUAGGGCUCUUUUCUGUGCCUUGUCACCCAGAAGCCAGGGCAGCCUUCAGAGCACUAUGAUUUAACCUAAGGUUACUUGCUCAACAGUGUUUUAAAUUUCUAUGAGCAGCUUGCUAAGUGGGGGAGGGGGGCGCGGUACAAAGGGGCCCGAAGACUGGUCGUUCUCUGCAGAUCCUUUGAAGCAUUUUCAGGAAGCAGAUGUUUUCAAACUGCUCAGGCUUUCCCAGAUUACUGGCUCUCUGGAGGGUGUGUCACCUCGUUGUCUAUCAUCCCACGGACGACCCUUCUGGAGAGGAGCUUCUGCAAACCCAGCAGGCGGUCCUGUAAGCUGCUGGCUGCUCCUGAGUCCCCUGCCUUGCUAAAGUAACCAUGUGGAAGGCGCCUAUCAUCAGGGCAUGCAAUUUUGUCAGAUGUCGGCAAACGUAGCAAUUAGUGGUCUCAGCGAGAGGCAGAUCGAGUCUACUCCAAAGUACUAUUUCCUACCAAAGAAGAAAAUCGUGGCAAAAUAUAUCUUUUAGGAAUGGGUGAAAUUCACAUUGAAGCCAUUAUUAGCCUAUAUCAAAUAGUGAGUAUUACACAUGUACUUUAGAAAGGCAACAAGGACAGUUAAUGAACAGUCAGCACAUCUUUUAGGAUUGUACAUUUCCUGCCCAAGUUAGUCAGCAUACAGAUUUUGAGGACCUAGUAUGUACCAAGCCUAUUCUAAUGCUGGGGAUCCAGUGGUAAGUACCAGUAGUACUGAAAGGAAAUAAGGAUUUGUAAGCUAGUAACCAAUAUUUGAGGUCUUCUCUAUGCUGGUGCUCUAGUUACUGGGCACUCAGAGUUGGACUGACCUUCAUGGAGCCCACCUGCUGUUCAGAAACCAAGGAGAAGGAAUGCUUUGAGAUUUCACUAAAACAUAGUUCAGGAUUUGGGUUAAGGAAAGAAUUGUGCUUUUCUCUUUCCAAAGCACUUAGCUAAGUUUCUCUUAGUAGUUUGGGAAGAGACUCAGUGGUCCAACAGGGUGAGUCCAGGGCUAACCUGAGAGUCAUUGAAGUGCCAUAGCAUCCAAAAUGGCCAAUGGUAACUCCAGAUAAAUCCAUUCAUGCAAAGAAGAGUGUUGGAGAAAAAAAAUCGGGUGGAAACUUGAAAGCAGCCCCUGGCAUGUUAGAAAAAAUGACUACUGGUAAGUUCCUGAAUAGACCCCAGUUUCUGAGCCCAGUGAGGAGAUUCCCAAAGCUUCAUGACUAUCAGACUGAAAGGUGGGUCUUGGUGGGGAUGAGUGAUUGCAAAUCCUCCAUAAUGCCUGCAGAAGAACAGAUGUCAAGAAGAGGUCUGGCUGAGGACAGAGAAGUGCAUCUUAGGUUGGCUGGCUCAUUCCUUCCUUAAGGGUCCUUAGUGGAUGUCAAUAGGGAAAGCCAGUAAGAACAACCAUCUGGUAGGUUUUGACUUCCAGCAGGCUUUUUAUUAUUAAUGUUAUUUUUGGAAGAGGCUUCCUGGAGGCAUGUCGUCAGCCUCUUUUCUAUUGGUGAUCUGGUAUUCUCUGGAAUCCAGAAACCUAAACUAAUUCAGGAAGCAGAGACUCCUACCUUGGAACGCUCUAUUUCCUUGUCUUCUGGGUGUCAAAGAAAUAUAUACAUAUAUAUUUUUGGUCUGGCAUUGCCUACUUGGGUGGGGACAAUUGGAAACUCUGCUGGCUAGACAGUAGCUCCUUCCAUUUUCCCCAAAUCUCAUAUGACUCCUUUCAGGAAAAUAGAAAUAAUUCCUAUUUCUAUCUUGCUCUGGUAUGUUUACUUCCUGUUGGUCUCUUCUUGGUCUUCUAUAGGGUGAAGGUGGCAGGAGCUCUGUGUCUUUAAUAAAGUUUCUGAGGGCAGGAGGGGGUGCCUGAGAAUUUUUCGGGGGGAUGCUUGGGUUUAUCUGGGGGCAUCAUUGGUGAAAUUGGCUCCCAUGUCUCUAUUUUCUAUUCUUUGCCAAUGUGCCCUUUGUAACACGGAGCAUAGUGCACAGGUUGUUGACAUUUGGUAUAUCUAGAGUCAAAGUUUUUAACCUGGUGUUCAUGGACCUCCAAUAGGUUCAAUGAUGGGCCAUAAGGCAUUCAAGAGCUUGAAAUAAUAUACAAAAUUUUGAGAAUGUGUAUGUGUCAGAUCACUUUUUUGAGGACAGAAGUCAUAACUUAUAUCAGAUUUUCAAAGGGGCCUAUAACUCAAAAUGGCUUUUAAAAAUCUCAACUGGUUUAGAUGUUUAUCCUGACGAUUUUGCUAUUCUUCUUCCACGGGGAAACAUUCUGGCCUCAAGUCCUACUUGAGAGUCAAAUGGGAAAUUUCAAAUUGCAAAAUAUCACUGAUUAUCCUUUCUCUAAUUUGAAUAACAUCCAGAAUUUCUCUAACUUGGGCAGUUUUGUUUCUUUUCUGGAAACACAUUCUGAAUUAGAAUUACAAGUGACAGAAGGUGAUAGAUGGAAACUUGACAAAGCUUUAUCUGAUUUCAAUAUUUUGAACACAACCCUUUGCAAGGUUCCUGCUCAAGCAUAGAGCUUGAGUUGAAGUUCGUGAGUGUGGGUGGAGCUUUGAAACGCCAGUUGUCAUCAUAGGCUACCGGCAUGAAGUGAUAGGCCCAAAAGAUACAAGUAAGAACCUCUAAAGACACUCCAAAAACAAAUGAAUAAAAGCAACUUCAUGAAACGUUGCAUCAAAGACCUUCAGUCCAUGGCUGGGUCACCUCAUCAAGUAAAUAUAAAAUCUCUUUUCCUUUACAGGUUGUUAAGUAGCUACUUGAUUUUGCUCUGAGCCUGUGUCCAGAGGGUUCUGUUUGAAGAAUGAGUAGCUCUGAAUUGAUACCCAUACAGAAUUUGCAUUUCUCAUGUGAGACUUUAGGAGACUGGAAAGAUAAAACCAGGCCUCAAUCUUUCUUUUCUAAUCUUUGCUCUAUAAUAGAGACAGACGUUAUAUAUAUAUAGAGCUGAGAGUAAGGGUUUUGUAGAAAGAUCUCACUAAAUGGUAUUUUCAUAAUUGAUCCAGUUACUUCAACUGUGCACUCAGACAGCCACACAGCAGUUCAGGAGCAAAAUCAUUGGAUGUGGUCCUGGUUUGGUAACUCACAGCCUAAGACUCAGGAUCACACAGCAACAGCAACAACAGGUAAACUGCUAUGUCUUCUGCUUAUCCAUUGUCCUGAAUGCCAAGUUUUUCAGUAUAAGGAGAAGGACUUCCAUGAUCACAUCGAAGUUUCGCACUGAUGUCCUGUCUUGAUCCUUAGGGAAUUGGGAUCUGGUACCAUUUGGUUUAUCAGAGAGGCCUAUGGAUCUGGGGAUACAACUGGAUACUCCUCCGUGUUCUACUUGUUUUCCUUUUGGCGGUAUGCACAUAGAAUCAGAAUUAGUUUUCCUUCAGGAGCUUUAAUUAGGAGAUUCCUUUAGAACAAAUCCUCUUGAAAGAAGUCUAUUAGAAAAUAGAUACUCCUACUUUCUGCUGAUCUAAUUAUCACAGUCAAUAACAGUAGAGGGAAAUACUGACUUAUGGGUGGAAAGUGUAGGCCCUGUGUACUUGUUUGGACUUCUCAAACCUCAGCUGUAAAGUGGAGGAGUGACCUGUUAUUUUCCAUCAGAAUCUAGGAUGCCUGGAUGUUUGAUGAUUAAUUCUAAAUCCCUGCAAAGUAUUCUGGACUGUGAGCUUAUGUGGGAAGAGUUUCCAGGCCUAUAACAGUGGGAGGUUACAGGCAUAUCUUCAUUUAUUAACUUUUGUUGAUGGAGGAUAUGGCCAUAUUUCAAAAUAAUUGGGCAUUCUUUCUGCAGGAGAGUAAUAAAAAUGGUCCUUAACACUUGUUUAGUCGAAUAAAGUAUAUUUUAACAAAUAUUCAUGUAAGGAAAAUAGUGCUGAUGUUAUGUUGUGAUUUCAUAUCAUGGUGCUAAAGGUCAUGCUGGAGGGGGGGACGCAGAAUAAAGAAUAUGCUAUUUUUAAAUGUUAAAUUACAAUGCUUAUCUUCGUAGAACAAAUAUUGUGAAGAAAAAGUCUUCUUGUCAGUGCUUCAUCCUGGGCCAUUUCUGGGCUUUCUUGAAAGCUGAAAAAAAAGAAAUCUAAUCACAAAUACUUUUGUAUUUGGGGAUUUAAUGAUGGCUUCAGCUUCUCUGCUUCAACUUUUUUUUCAGUUUUUUAUCCACUAUUUAAUAUUCUUCUGGUGCACAUCAUGGUGGCAGAAAUGGCGGUCUUGGGAAGUUUUCAAACCAGGGCUCUUAUUUUCUGAUCUUAUUUGUGAGAUCCUUGGGUCACUUCAUUUCUGUGCAUCUUUCCUGAUUGAUUACCACCUUUUCAAAAUGGACUCAAAAUGUCCUGUUCUGCUUUGCAAAAUAUAGUUUUGGUAUAAAAAAGUGACCAUGGGCAAAAUUGCUGGAGGAUCUGGACACUAAAUGGAAAAAGGUGGAAAGGCAUCUUUUUCUAUCUUCCCCUUCAUGUGGCAUUCCUCUGUGUGUUGGGGAUUGCUGGGAUUAUGUGUCUGGGAUUGCUGGCAGAAAUAUCAUACCCUAAAUUCUUAGAGAAUGAUAUUGGUUGGCCAAGAUAGAGUGUGUAGAACAUGAAUGGCUAGGACUCUGGAGAGCUUGGUUUCAGAAGCAUAGACUCUCAGAUUUGGAGAGGAUCUUCAAUAGCCUAGCUCAGUCAACACUUCUAGUCAUUUGAUCUACAAAAUUUUCCUGCUAAGUGAUCUUUCUGAUGGUGGGGAACACAAUACUUUAUGAAGAAGUUCAUCGUUGCAUAGUCCAGAUUAUAACCUUUUAAAUCCAACAUUUGGGAGAAUAUUUGUUCCCCUUACAAUGAUCACCACCGGCCCUUAGUUUGGCCUUUUGGGAGCACAGACAAAAAUUUAAUCCCUCUUCUACAUUAUAGUUUUUCAAAAUUCAAAGACUGCUGUCAUGCUCUCUGUCAUUCGGCCUUUCUGACUCCAGACAAGGCAAAUUCCAUCCAACACAGUUUUUUCCUCUUUAAGAUAAGAAUCAUGAACCAGAUGGUAUUUAAGGACUUUCCAUUUCUGACAUUCUAUGACCUGCAGUAUGGGCCUUGAAAAUAAAGUGGGACUUGUGUGCUUUUUCUGUUUCUUCCCACCAUCUAUAUGAAGUAUAGAUGACUCUCUUGAGUGGUAAAAGAGUAGAAGCAUAUACAGUGCUGUUUCUUAGGGAUUGAUAAUUAACCUUUCAACCAUCGAUUCAAUUAUGGUUACAACAGCUUCGAUGAGCUCUAGUGGUACAACUCCUGAAACAGCAACCAAGAGGCGAGAAGCCCAGGAUUGGCUUUCAUGGUGGUUUCAACCAUCAGAGUCCAAGAAUCAUCUUCACGCAACAACGAUAAUGGCUGGUACGGAUUCAAAUAUCAUCUCAGCAGGCUGGGAACCAACUGAAGAAAAUGAAGAUGAAAGAGACAAACACCCCAGUUAUUCUGGAUCAGGCAUUGAUGAUGAUGAAGAUUUUAUCUCCAGCACCAUUCCAACCACACCACGGCUUUUUAACCACCCAAAACAGAACCAGGAUUGGACCUCGCGGAGCCCCGGUGAAUCGAAUCCAGGAGUAUUACUUCAGACUACUACAAGGAUGACUGCAGAUGUGGACCAAAGUGGCACCAGCACUAAGGGAGAGGCCUGGCCCCGCGAACCACACUCUCCUCUCAUUCACCAUGAGCAUCAUGAUGAAGAGGAGGCUCAGCAUCCUGCAAGCACAACUCAGGCAAUCCCUAGUAGUACAAUGGAAGAAACAGCUACUGAGAAAGAGCAGUGGUUUGAGAAUGGAUGGCCUGGGGAAUAUCCCCAAUCACCAAAAGAAGACUCUCAUUCAACAGCAGGGACAGCUGCCCCAGCCCAAGACAGCCAUCCAGACCAAAGAAUGACAACUCAGAGUCAAGAGGACAACUCCUGGACUUAUUUCUUUGACCCAGUCUCACAUCCAAUGGGACGAGAUCAUCAAACAGAAAGAUGGAUGGAUAUGGACUCCAGCCAUAAUACAACACGUCAGCCUUCUGCAGAUCCAAACACACAUUUGGUGGAAGACUUGGACAGGACAGGACCUUUUUCAGUGACAACUCAUAGGACUGAUGGCAGAGGCGGAAAAAGAGGUGGACAUCUUCCUAAAGACUCAGCUACUUCAGUGGAAGGUUCUACUUCUCACUCACCAGCCACGGGGGAAUACAGGACCCUCAUCCCGGUGACCCCUGCUAACACGGGGUCCCCUGGAGUUACUGAAGUCAAUAUUGCUGGAGAUUCCAACUCUAACGUUAUUCAUUUCUUUUCAGGUAACUUGGCCAUUUGUUAUCUGCUUGGAUUUCUCUACAGAGAGAAACAACACGUAAUUUCAUACUAUAGGGGGACAUUUUCUGUGUGGGCUGUGAUUAGACCGAUUUGUGAUAUGGGAAUGGCCUUUAUCCCAGGUCAUCAUUCUAGUGCAAAUAAAAUUAGAUUUAUUUUAGAUAAAUAGUGCUUUUAUUUGCCAGUUUAGUCUCCGUUUAUUUUUGUGACCUUGUUGUUAGGGUAGAAUUUCUUUCUUUGUUCCUAAUCUUGUGGUAUAUUAAUUUGAGCCAUAUGAAAUCAAUGCUUUUGUAGGUCAAAGUAGUCAAAUAUUAGCAAUUUCAUUUGAUUCAACUCAGAUAUGCUACCUGUUUCAUAAGGUUUUACCCAACAUGUGACUCAUUUCCAUAUGCUGAUAUCUUUGUUCCGAAAUUAUUUUCUUUACUGGUGAUGGAUUGAUGAAUUUUACUUCCGGUGAAGGGCUCGUGGCUAAACCUACUUAUGAUUCACACCUCAAACUUUAUGAUUUAAUCUACUAAUAAUGAAUAGGCAUGACUUUUCCUAUUGCAAUGGCAAAGAGAUGACUAAAGAUGACUUAUUCAAUUAAGUUGGACACGGACCUAAAAGGAGAGCGAGACUUCUUUUCUCAAAUAAGCAGUCUUCCCUACUUCUCCCUUUCUUUGUUCUUUCAUUUGCAUUAAGAAACUUACAUUGAAGAAAAAUGAACUGGAAAUACCUACUCUGGAUAAGAAAUGAGAAUUGGAAUCUCUCCUCCCCGUGCCAGUGAUUCAAGUGUUUCUUGCCACUCAACCAUUGAAUUACAUUAAAGAUUUGUGAUUUUAAAUAUAUAUGGAUUUGUAGCAAGGUCUGCCUCUCCUCCCCUGCAAAAAGAAUAAGUCUUAUGAGAACCCGGUAUAUAAAACAGAUGACAUCUCUGAUGCUCUAAUUGAUAUGGGGACAGAAGACUCAGAAUGCCAAGUGCUUGGAUUCUUUCCUCUGGGCUGCUCACCCAGAGCUUCCAGAAAAGCAGUUUUUAAAAAUACUAACUUUGGUGAUAUUGGCAAGACAAAACUCCUCACACCCUUUGAUUCAUUAUUCAUCAUGGUUCUGCCCUGUUAUUAAACAUCCCGAGUAGCCUUGUCCAUUUUCUUCCAAAGAAAUUAAUCUUAGAGCACUGCCUCUUUUCUCUUGGCAGAAUAAGGACUGUGGUACAAUCAAAUGAAUUUAAAUUUUAAAUGGCAAUUUUAAAAGUAAUAGUAUCGUGGAAGGGUUACAUAGCCUAUUUGUUAGUAAAUAAAAUGCUUUCUACAAAAAUGAUACUCACAGUUGCUGAUUCCUUCUAUAAUUCCAUGAUCAAACAGAUUUUCUGUGCUUCUUCAUGGAUUAAAUGGUUAGUAAGUGAUUCAACUGUCAUCCUUGGUUUUCUUCCAAGCCACUCAGAUAAAGCUGAUUUCUUCCCAUACGUUUUUCUCUGUCUUGAUGCUUCAUGUUAAGAACUAAAACAUUCACCAUUAUGGUGGUGGUUGCAGUGCUGGUGGUGGUGGUGGUCUUGGGGGUACCGGUGCUGGCAUUUCAGCAAAUGCUGUUUUCGAGUAUUCUAACUAAGGAACAAAGCAAUCUAUCUCCCCUGUACAAUUACAUGAGAGAUGACAGGACGUCUACCUCCGCCUUCUCUAAUCAAGGAAAUGGUGAUGAUCAGAUUACUAUAUUUUCCUUACAGGUCUUCAUAAUGGGUGACUGUAGCCAUUUUAUGAAACCAUUAUCCCUUUCUGUUGUUAUUGUUGUUUGUCUUGUUGUUGUCUUGUUGUUUUGUUUCGUUUUGUUUUUUUAAGAUUCCAGCACAUUGGAAAGUGUGUGGGGAAGAGGGAGAAGAGCAGGGGUUUCCAUAGGCUGAAUCUGAGAUUUGACCUGCAGACCCAGAUUUGAGCAGUUCAUGAGCUUGUCUCAAUCUAAAGCCUUUUGGUGAUAGGUAUUUGGGAAGAUGGGAUUAUAUUAACUCUUGGUGUUGAAAAUACAGAUUUGAAUUUUGAAAAACGUUAUUUUUUAAAAUAUAUUCUAAUAACCAGGUCCACAUUUUUUACAUGUUAACACGCAUCUUCUUAUUCCUUUUUCACUUAUCUUUAGGCUCUUUUUCUCUAAAUAAGCAUUUGACUUUUCCCUUUGAAUUUUUACAUAAUUCAACACCAAGAUCCUUUACUGCACACCAAAACCAUUUUCUAUUUCCUGCCUCAGAGAAAUCUCUUUAAGUGGCUCAUGCUCUGAGUCAGAGAGUACACACACUCCCAGCAAUCCCAUUUGUGUAAUUCAAAACAUGGAGUCUUUAUUUCAAAGUCGCAGUAUCAAGUUCCAACCUCAGAUCUGCGAAGACAUCAUGAUAUUUUUGUGAGAGUGUUAUGUUCUUAGAUUUCUACCAAAACCACACUUCCUGUGGUCAUUCUGGAUGGUCUGUGCUGUCCCAGUUUCCUUUAUUGUGAUUAAAGCCCUAACCUACUCAUCAGUGGAUCCAGCAAUGAACAGUAAUUAGUACCAUGGAGCCAUUCAAGGUUCCUUGCCAUUGGUUUUUUGAUGACCUUUAACACACUAAACUUGGUGAUAGGAUGUCUGAAAUUGCAAAAGUGAGGAAAUGCAGAUUGCAGUGGAACACCAGUAAUGAACCUUUCUGAUUACUCU